AUAUCUUAUUGCAAAUACACAACAGAAACACGCAGAAUGGCGGGUGGAAUCAGCAACAAGCGGCCGCGCAACAGCAGCGGGUUCUCGUCAGACCUGGAUCGGCGGGUUGGGCGGCUGCUGCGCGACUACAUGGUUGAGGAACAGGCAACAACGACUGGGCCGUUUUCGUUUCCCAGUACCUCCAAGCUCGUCGACUACGUGCGCGAAGUAGACAUGAGCCUGCGGCGACAGAAGCUGCUGCAGCUGGAGAAGAGCGUGCAGCGAGUGGUGGGCGUACUGAGACGCCAGCAGGACAACCAGCAGACGCAGUCGGCGGCGCCAUCAGCCGCACACACCAGCGACGAGGAGCCAGAUAUCGACGGAUCAAUGGACUUUGACGACCUGGAGGCAGUGCCGACGAUGGAGGUCAAGGACAACGGUGCAAUGA